CUUCCUCCGCAUAGUUCAAUCCAACUUCUUGUGUAGCGACGACCUGGACGCAACGGCGAACACGCCGCGCCAACAAUACCUGUUCGACAGCUCGACAAGCAUGCCGGUCGCAGGUCCAAGCACGAUGCCCAGUAGGGCCCCAGCGGUGCGACGAGAUGAGAGAGCAGCCGGCGGCAGGAAUAUCCCUCCACGGCUUGCUAAAGAGCCAAAAUAUCCUCCAGGACUGUUUAAUUCUGCCCAGGACUCCAAUACUCGGCCUACGUAUCAACGGCUGCCAUCACUUUCCGACAAUUACACCGUUCCUCGCGCCAUAUGUCCUCCGAAACCAUAUCCUCCGAAGGGAUUUCCCAGAUACUCGAAAAGCCAAGAGAUUUGCAACAAUUACCUUCGAGGCUGGUGCAAAUGGGAGGACAGAUGCCAUCGGCGGCAUAUAUCUCCCUCAGAGUACAGAAAUUACAACCCACCACCCGGCAAGUUGCCUCCCCCCACACGCAUCGAACCCGAAUCGCCUCCCGGUCUUCCGAAAGUAAGGGUUAACAACCGAAUAUCUGAUGCUGCAUGAUUGAACGUGCAUACAAUUUUGGUAAACCAUCGUUUUGUACCGACAAAAUUGCAUGAAUGCUGGUUUACCAAAAUUGUAUACACGUUCAACCAUGCAGCAUCAGAUAUUUGAAUGCCCUCUAUUGCCAGAUACCUGAUUCAAUCUCCUUGCGCAGAAACCAACGAAGUUAGCUGUAGGCUUAG